AUCUUGUGCAUUUAUGCUUUUGCCAUCAUUGGCUUUAUAAAUGCUGGAGGUGAUACCCCAAGUUCUGCCCCAUUAUGUGGAUUAAAUGAAUUCGCUACUUGCGAAUCGUUCACUUGUCCAGUUGACCUCAGAAAACUUGACGGUCCUUUUGGCUGCUGUUGCGCGCCCAUUCCAUAGUCACUUCAGUUUAAUACUUUUAUUAAAAAGAAAAAAAAUAUUUUCUUCUACAUUUUUCGAUUUCUUCUAAAUUUUUGAAUGAUAAAUAAAACUAUGAAUAUUUGAUUCAAUUAAAAUCCUACCUGAUUCAAAUCAUUGAAGUAUUUUCAGUGUAUCAAAAUGU